AUGUCUGGAAUCACCGAAGUCGACGCUAACUUGAUUGAGACCAACUACGACAAUGUCGUCUACUCUUUUGAUGACAUGAACCUUAAGCCUGAGAUUGUCAGAGGUAUCUUCGGUUACGGUUACGAAGCUCCUUCUGCCAUUCAACAAAGAGCCAUUGUUCCAAUCACCGAGAGAAAGGAUGUGUUGGCUCAGGCCCAGUCUGGUACCGGAAAGACCGCCACCUUCACCAUCUCUGCUUUGCAGAACAUUGACCACACCGAGAAGGCUACCCAAGCUUUGAUCUUGGCUCCAACCAGAGAGUUGGCCCAACAAAUUCUUAACGUCAUCAACUCCAUUGGUUUGUACUUGAACGUUACUGUUCACGCUUCCAUUGGUGGUACCUCCAUGCAAGAUGACAUCGAGGCCCUCAAGUCUGGUGUCCAAAUUGUUGUCGGUACUCCAGGUAGAGUUUUCGACAUGAUUGACAGAAGAUACUUCAAGACCAACAAGAUCAAGAUGUUCAUCUUGGAUGAGGCCGAUGAGAUGUUGUCCUCCGGUUUCAAGGAGCAAAUUUACAACAUUUUCAGAUUGUUGCCAGAGAGCACCCAAGUUGUUCUUUUGUCCGCUACCAUGCCACAAGAUGUCUUGGAGGUCACCACCAAGUUCAUGGACAACCCCGUCAGAAUCUUGGUCAAGAAGGACGAGUUGACCUUGGAGGGUAUUAAGCAAUUCUACAUCAACGUCGAGGAGGAGGCUUACAAGUUCGACUGUUUGUGUGACUUGUACGACUCUAUCUCUGUCACCCAAGCUGUUAUCUUCUGUAACACCAGAUCUAAGGUCGAGACCUUGACUGCUAGAUUGAAGGAGGCCAACUUCACUGUUUCCGCUAUCCACGCUGACUUGCCUCAAUCUGAGAGAGACACCAUCAUGAACGAGUUCAGAUCCGGUUCCUCUAGAAUCUUGAUCUCCACUGACUUGUUGGCCAGAGGUAUUGACGUCCAACAAGUUUCCUUGGUUAUCAACUACGACUUGCCUGCCAACAAGGAGAACUACAUCCACAGAAUCGGUAGAGGUGGUCGUUUCGGUAGAAAGGGUAUUGCUAUCAACUUCGUCACCAACAAGGAUGUCGGUAUGAUGAGAGAGAUCGAGCAAUUCUACUCUACUCAAAUUGACGAGAUGCCUGCUGACAUCGGCUCUUUGUUUGCUUAA